UCUAGGGCAGGGUAAAAAUUCAAGCAAAAGGGAAUUCAUAGUUAUUAUUAUUAUUAACAUAGAAGUAAACCAGUUGGUUAAGUUUGAUUUAAGGGCAAGAAUAUUAAUUAAAAAAUUACAUAGAAUGACCUCAAGUGAGUUAAAUGUAAAUGACUUGUCAGAAAGAUGUAGAACAUGUAUGGCUGCCAAAGGAAUAACUUCCCUGUUUUCCUUACUAAGCAUAUCGGGAAAAGAAGAACCCUUGGACUCUAUAUUGUUUAAGUGCACUUCUUUACAGGUUAAAUCAACAGAUCAGCUACCACACAAUAUAUGCAACAGUUGCCUAGAAAAGUUAAUAUAUUGCCACCUUUUUCGAGACCUAUGUUUGGAGACACAUUCAAAAUUUCUACUGGUUCUAAAAAAUCAAACUGAAACUAUUAAUAAUCUAAUUCCUAGUGAUUUUGCCACAGGAGAUCCUGAAAAGGAUGUCAAGAGUGACUUGCUAUUAACUUCAGUAUUAGAGGCAGAUACUGAAACUUUGGACUGUGAUAAUAAUGUCAAGGAAGAAACUAACAAAAGUGAUUUUAUAUGCAAAAUUUGCCUUAAGGAAUGUAGUUCAAAAUAUACUUUAAACAGGCAUAUGAAAGUGCAUGGAGAUUGUAAGGAACUGGAAUGUUAUAUUUGCCACCGAAAAUUUUCAAGGCAAGCCGAUGUACGACGUCAUUUGGUCGUACAUACAAAAGAAAAGCCCUACUUUUGUGAUAGUUGUGGAAAAUGUUUUACACAAAUAGGAACCUUGGCUAUCCAUAAGCGGAAAAUUCAUAAUAUUUCUAUAACCACAGAUAAAAAAAAGGGAAAAAAGACAUUUUUAUGUUCAAUUUGUGGCCAAUUUUUUGGAUUUAGUUCGACAUUAAAAUUACAUAUGAGAAGGCAUAUUGGUCACAAGCCUUUUCAAUGCAAUUAUUGUAAUCUUAGGUUUGUCUCAAAUGCUCGACUCACCGCGCACAAGAGAAGUCACUCUGGGGAACGACCGUUUUGUUGUGAACUGUGUAAUGCUAAUUUUUCCCAUGCAACUGCAUUAACCAGACAUCUGAAAUCACAUAGAAAUGAAAGACCACACCAAUGUCAGUACUGUGAAAAAUGCUUCUGUUUACCGUCUGAAUUGAACAUACAUUUGAGGCAACAUACAGGAGAACGACCGUUAUCUUGUGAGAUAUGUGAUAAAAAAUUCGCUUGUCCCAGGAUUUUAAGGCAACACAUUAAAAUUCAUACAGAGGAGAAGCCACAUGUGUGUAAAAUAUGUGGAAAAAGUUUUAGAAGGGGCCAUCAUUUAAAGUACCACACCCAAACCCAUAUAAAAGUUAAUUAAAAUGCUGAAAUACCCAAAA